AUGUCAACAACGGCGACAAGACAAGUGAAAUCUUCCAAUUCAGCGAACAUAUUAAUGUGCAAACAGUGGUGGAAAGUGUGUUGGAUGUACGGUGACCAAGAAAAAUAUUACAGACAACUUUAUGGCAAGCGGAAACUGAACACGAUGAACUCGGAUUUUCUGAAUUUCGACAAACUGGACACGAAGCGCUCUGGCGCGCAAAUAACUGAGCUUACUGAUGACUUCUUUGAAGAUAAUUAUAGUUCACAAAUUGACCCGGCGCCAGAUGAAAGUCAACCUAACAACGAGCCCAAAGCGUGGUUCGGCGUUGAGUCAGAACCCAUUUACGGUUUCGAACCCACCUGGCAUAAAGACCAAAGACGACAACCAAUUCAGCAGAACUACGACGAUCUCAAUUACAUCCUUGAUGAAAAUCUUAACAAAGACACUAUAAAAAGUAUGCUUCAGAACGGACUACCUCUAGAGCCUAAAGCCCAAUUGUUAGAUUCUAAAGAAGAAAUACACAGGAACGGCGAUGUAUUUGGAAAAACGACGAAGACUGUGUGUAAAACGCGGAAAGGUGCGAUAGUUACGGAAGAGACGGAGAUUUGUACGGACGGCAAAACGACGGCAAACUUAAAAUUUCAACGGUCCACUGUGAAAACGGGACCUAACAAAGUGAAGGAAGUAUUACAGCCCUUGAAAGAAGACAAAGUGUUGGACGAGUGUUCGAGGAAGAAGUGUGUGGGUGACAAACUUACCACUACAACUAGGACUUUGGUGACCGUGUCGCAGACUUCAACGACUUCUUGUAACGAUCAUAUAUUUAUAGGCCACAUUCUUAAGCGUUUCCCGUUCCGUCGUAAAUUAAAUAUCGUCCUGCUAUUUCCGCCGCCGCCCGACGUUCGUCGUUUCCGCAAUUUCGAUGAAAUUGCGCGGCAGCUGGCGGGCCAUUGUCUGCUCGCGUUCGCGCUACGAACCACUCUCUACGCGCUGUUCUCUCAA